AUGUCCUUUCAAUCUCCCGUCUCAACAUGCUCGACUGUGAUCCCAUCCCUUGGAAAGCUAGACGGCUUCCAAUAUGCCAAUGGCGUCCAGCAAUACUGCGGCAUUCCCUAUGCCACUCUGCCCAAGAGAUGGACUCGGUCAUCAUUGAAGAGCUCCUGGACAGACAGUUACCAUGACGGGAGAAAGCUCGGAAACGACUGUCCCCGUCCGAUCAUCGAAGGAGACGACGCAGACGAUCUCGUCCCUGUUCCUCCAGCUCCUCAUUUUCUAGAUAUGCCUAAGACGAACGAACUGUCUGGACUAGUCAUGAACAUCGUCCUUCCUCAUGCUCCUGGCUCGCAACGUUUUCCCGUGUUUGUAUACGUACACGGGGGCUCGCUUCUCUACGGAGGCGCCAACCUGCCCAUUUUCGACGCGGUUAAUCUCGUCUCUCACAGCAUCCACAUCGGCAAGCCCAUCAUCUGUGUAAGUUUCAACUACCGAGUCGGACUGGGUGGUUUCCUUGCCAGCGAGGCCAUACGCAAUGAACUGCGCCGAGACGGCCAUCAUGGCUGCGGAAAUUUCGGCUUCACCGACCAACAAGUCGCGUUUGAAUGGGUUCAACGCUACAUAUCCAGUCUAGGUGGCGACCCGGAGCAAGUUACUGCAGUAGGCGAGUCCGCCGGAGGUAUCUCGAUCAGCAACCAAAUGGCCGCAGCGCAGCCGCCGCGUUUUCGUCGAGCAGUCUGCAUGUCUGGACUGUCGGUGUCGAUUCCGGCGUGGGCCAUGGAGGAGCAUGAGAAGUUGUUUCGAGCCGUUUGUCGACACUUUGGAGUUGAUGUUUCGCGGGAAGAUGUCUUGGAUUGUUUGAGGCAGGUCCCACAGCAGGAACUGGCUAAUGCAACGAGCGUUAUUCAAGGCGUUCCUUCGGGGACGGGAAACCCUUGUCUGGAUGGGUGGUUCUAUGCGCAGGAUCCACGCGAGAUUCAAGAGCCUCCUAAUUGGGUUGAGUCGUUUAUGCUAGGAGAUACAUACCAUGAAGGGGUGAUCUUUCAUCUGAAUCUCUUGGGAGAUACAUAUGACUUUAUCCGAAAGACUCUUCGAGAACAUAUCCAGAACGACGAAGACACGGAUUGGAUCCUUAGUGCCUAUGAUAUCUCGGCAGAUCUAUCGCACAAAGCUCUUCUCAAUCGUGUGGAGCACAUGUGCGGCGAUGCAAUCUUCAAGAUUCCUAACUACGCAACAGCAUUGGCUAGUCAGAAUCUGAGCAGCCAGAACGCCGUGUUCGGAUACCAUUUUGACCAGCGAUCCCGGCUGAAGAACGCUUUUGAGGGAACUGCAUACCAUGCUCAUGAACUACUUUACCUUUUCAGGAACUUGGAUAAUGAGCUAUCCACCGAGGAAAGUGAGAUGGGGAAAGAAUUUGCUAGUGCAUGGGUCUUGUUCUGUUACGGAGAGUGUCCUUGGGAGACAUCACAUGGAAAGUGGAAAGUUUGGGGACCAGAUUGCUCUCGGCAGCUGAAGAGUGAGGAUGAGGAUGAAAAUAUCCGCUCGUAUAGUCGCAUGCAACAAGUUCUCGCUAGGGGAAGUGGUAAGACAUGGAAAAGGUGGCUUAGCGGAGUGGAUGCGCUGGUUAAUAAGCGCAUGAACAUGGGCAUGACAGGAUGAUCCACCAAUAGAACCA